UCCCUAUGAAACAGGAAUUCUGCAUCUGGCUUUGGUUUCCUUGUUUUGUUCCCCAGGGCUAUAUUUCUACAUUGGCAACUGCUUAAAAGCCCAACAGACUUGCUAGAUGUCUCAUUUCUGGCCAAAAAGCUAGGGAAGUAAGGAUGGUUCCUAUAUGUGCUGCCAACCUCAAAGCUGAGUAAUGUUUCUGGUAUCAGGGCUGGGGCUGUAGCCUAACACACCAUUUGCAUCAGAAUCGAUUUGACUGGCUGUUUGUUGUGUCCUGGGAAGGGACUUGAGGGCAUAGUCCUUUUUUCAUUGGCUUUAGGAGAGAAGCCUUCCCCCAUCCCAGUGAGUUAAGAGAGAAAGCAAAGAAGUUGGUUUUAUUUCCUGGAGUAGAUUGCACACGCUAAGCAUGGCAUCUGAAAAGCCCAUACUUUACAGCUACUUCCGAAGUUCCUGCUCUUGGAGAGUGAGAAUUGCACUGGCUCUGAAAGGAAUCUCCUACGACCUGGUGCCAGUGAACCUGCUGAAGGAUGGGGGGCAGCAGUUUUCUGCUGAAUUCAAAGCAGUGAAUCCAAUGCAGCAAGUCCCAGCCUUGAAAAUUGAUGGCAUCACCCUUUUUCAGUCGCUAGCUAUAAUUCAUUACCUAGAAGACACCCGUCCUAAGCCCAGGCUCCUGCCCCAAGACCCAAAGCAGAGAGCCCAGGUUCGAAUGAUUGCUGACAGCAUUGCCUCUGGCAUUCAGCCGCUCCAGAACCUGAGUGUCCUGAAACAAAUGGGGGAGAGAAAGACAGAAUGGGCUCAGAGCUGCAUCAUGUCUGGCUUUCAAGCGCUGGAGCAGAUUCUGCAGCACACUGCCGGGCGCUACUGUGUGGGGGAUGAAGUUUCCAUGGCUGAUCUGUGCUUGGUGCCUCAAGUUGCCAAUGCUGAAAGAUUCAAGGUGGACCUGGGUCCAUAUCCCACAAUAACCAGAAUAAACAAAGCUCUCCUGGAGUUAGAGGCAUUCCAAGUAAGCCACCCAUCCCGACAGCCAGAUACUCCUGCAGAGUUGCGAGCUUGAAGCCCUUGUUCUCAUUAAAUCAAGGAAGCUGAAGCUGGAGCGACAAAGAGGACAACAGCUAAAUCUUUAGUAGGACUUCAGUACCAGCAAGAAGCCUCAGUUCUAUUGUCUCACUUUCAUCUGGGGUGGAAUAGGGGUUUUUUUUCUAUCUGAUGAAUCUCCAUGAAGCAGAUUAAAGCAGAAGCAUCCAUAUAUUAUAAGUCCCCUUUGUAUGGCUUGGGAUUGGGGAAUAUAAGUAUAAACUGUGAGGCAUUGAGCCAAUUCUGAACUCCAUGGGCUGCUUCUUCCUACCACCUACAGAAAGAGUAUCAGGGAAGCAGUGUACACAGUGUGCUACUAGCCCAGCAGGCCUGCUUGUUCUUGCAGCUCUCUUGGAGCUAUAGCACAAUUAUCAGUGCCAUGAAUAGGAACAUAGCUAGUCUCUGACGGACGACGGCUUAAUCCCAACCCUUGCUGGAUCCCAUGAGUCUUGCAAGAGCCAACAAUCAGAAGUCUUUCACUUGUUGCAAUAAGAGAAUUACUACCCAAGACAGCCGACUUGUGCCUCUUCCUUAGGUCUAGCAGCAAUCUUGCAGAAUUUAUUAAAAUCUGUGACAACACACCUAGCUCCCUCCCAUACACUGAAAAAAUAUGGCAUUCACUUCCUUUUCCCAUCCUCAGGUGCUGCUCUAGGUGUUUUCCCAGCUGCAGACUAUUGCCCAAGGGAAUCCCAUCCCAGAUUCCCUCCAAACCAGAAUCAAGCCUGUACUUUCACUGUGAAGAUCUGUAAAUCCCAUUCCAUUUGUCCC